GGAAGAUACUGCACAGGGAAGCGUGCAAUUAACCGAUCGUGCAAUGUUAUUCCAUGUCCAUCUAAUGCUAAAUCAUUCCGGCAGCAGCAGUGUGAAGCCAGGAACGGUUAUCAGACUGAUGCAAAAGGUGUGAAAACAUAUGUUGAGUGGGUUCCUAAGUACGCAGGAAUACAGCCAGGAGAUGUCUGCAAGCUUAUAUGUCAAGCCAAAGGAACUGGAUAUUAUGUUGUCUUUUCCCAAAAGGUGACCGAUGGCACUGAAUGUAGGCCCUAUAGCCAUUCUGUCUGUGUUAAAGGCAAAUGUGUGCGUACGGGAUGUGAUGGAAUUAUAGGGUCCAAGCUGCAGUUUGACAAAUGC